UCCAAUGAACGUUUAGCUUCACGGUGACAGGGCUUGCUUUAGUUGAUGGUCUUUGCUACUAUGGUGCCAACAUAAGUAAUGAUAUCUACGAUAACCUGGACAUUUUCUUUAAGAAAACAGUUAUGUGUCUUAGUAAAAUUAAUAGCCUUCUAAAAAAUUGAACAGCUUCCAAGGAAAUAAUUAAGAAAAACUCCGUUAAGGAACUUUUGAAUCUAUCAACGGUUUUUAAUUCAUAAAAAACACAUCGUCUUCACUUCAGGGCAAUUAGUUAAAUUAAAUUAACUUGUAUCAAUUUUUGAAAGUGAAUUUAUCAAGAUGAAUCAAUCGGAAAUAAAUAAUGGCUGUUUGCCAUUGCUGUGUAAUAGUACAGAAAACGGGACUAAUCCGGCAAUAAACAAGAUUACAACCGUUGAAAUUGUGUCUCUCUCCACUUUGUUCAUUAUAAUUGGCGCCAUUGGUAUCAUUGGUAACGUUGCCGUUAUUUAUGCCGUGUUCAGUGACGUUAAGAUGCGAAUGUCAAUGACCAACAUUCUGAUAGUGAACCUUGCCUUCUCAGAUCUGUUCAUACUGGUGUUUGGAGUACCGGAAAUUGUGCAAUUCAUGAUUAACAAGGGCUGGCUUUUAGGCAGCAUAGUAUGUCGUCUUGAACGUGCAAGCCUUGUGGCGUCGCUUUACGUAUCCGUCAUGACGUUAGUGGCGUUAUGUGUAGAAAGGUACAUCGCAAUCGUGUUUCCAAUCAAAGCUCAUAUCAUGUGCACUCGGCGUCGAACGGCAGUUGUCGUGGUGAUAAUUUGGAUAACCUCUGUUAUUCUGGCUCUACCUACAUUGCUGUUUAAUGUCGUCAUUGGAUUUGGAGAAACGCAGGGUCCCGUCAGUAUAAAAUUCUGUGUCCUAGUGUUUCCCAACGACCAUUUCAAGAAAAUGUACAUUGCUUUCAAGUACACGGAAUCUAUACUAUUUUACUUCAUACCUCUUGUUGUUCAGAUUGUGUGUUACAUUAUUAUUGGCAAACACUUGUUCGUAGGUAUUAAAGAACUUCACGGGCAGAACUUGCGCCAAAGCCCUGGAAACACGCAUUCUGUCAAGUGCUCCGACACGGUUACAGCCCGCAGGGGUGUGAUCAAGAUGCUGAUUGUCAGCGUCGUGCUGUACUUUGUCAGCUAUUCUCCACAUCAAGUUUUGUUAUUUUACAACACUUUUUCACAACAACCUUUCCACCAAACGUGGGGAUUUCUUGUAGGCGUUACAGUACUAGCAUACCUAAACUCGGCGGGGAACCCUAUAAUUUACUGCCUGUUCAGUGAGCGCUAUCGUCGAAAGUUCAAGGCAAUAUUUAUCUGUGGCAAGACAGAAUUGACGGCCAAUGACACAAUGUUGAUGCAAUCAAGCGGUCAACCAACGGAAUACACUUUAUUAUACAGGAAAUCGACAAAACGAUUCAACAACACAUUGAAGUGAAACGUAGUUAUAAUUCAGUUGAAUAGCGUCUUUAUACGACAAAACAGAUGUUUGAACCAUUGACAUAAAUUAUUUGACGACCAGUGCAUAUGUUGUUUGCAAUUAUAUAAAACGAAAAAAAAAGUUUUUGUAGAGUUUAUUUAAAUUGUUUUAUUUGCCAGAAAAUAUAUUGUUUUGAAGGUUUUUGCCAUUUUUGAAUUCAUGUAGACUUAGGCAUGUUAUUAUACCAGAACAUUGCAAUUUGUCUGCUCAAAACAUACAAACAAAUUUGCCGACACAGUGUCCCAAAUUUCCGGGAAGAUCAUUUGUUCAUUGCAUCAUCAAACCUUCUCAAUAGAUCAUAUUUCUGCCGCAUUUGCGUAAAUGACGGUCAUUUAUAAUUGUUCAGAUUUUCAAUUCUAAUUGCC